AAAGUGUAUCAAGUUGGUUUGUUAAAACCUUCAAAGAUGGCGGUCUUCUUGGAUGGUUUGCUGUUCUGGGUUUAUUUUCAUCAUGGAUAGCGUGGAUAGGAUUGAUUAAGGGUCUUGCUGUGAUGUUACCAACUCUACAAGAACAAUUCAACGCUUCGACUUGGUUAGUUGGCUGGAUGAUUGCUAUUAUAGACGCCAGUAUGCAGAUUUCAGCUUUAUUUGCCUCUCCACUACGAGAGAAACUAGGAGUGCGAGUUGUGGUCAUGGUGAGUGGGUUACUCGUCGGUGGUUCGCUGAUAGCUUCGGCUUUUGCUACCAGUUUGUCUCAGAUAACGGUUCUUCUCACUCUAGCUGCCGGUCCUGCAGUUGGUUGUUCACUUGUUGUAAGUAAAGAGUUGGUUGGACGCUGCUUUAGCGAAGCAAGCACAACGGCUUUCGGCGUGGGAAUACUUGGUGGUUCCAUUGCCUUCGUCACCUGCGUGCCCUUAACGCAAUUCUUCUUGGAUAUCUACGGUUGGAGGGGAACCAUGCUGCUACUUGGUGGGAUUUUGUCUCAUCUUGCUGUCUGUGGAGCUUUGAUGAAAGAACCCGCUGUAACAAGAAUUAGGCCCAAUGACGAAUAUCAAACAGUUGCUUUAAAUGAAGACACCGGUGAUGGAGAAGCAACAUCAAACAGCCGUUGUUGCUCUUGUUUUAACAGUGUUCACUCAUUCAUCAGCCAGACUUUCAAGCUUGGUUUAUUCUCCUUACCAUCAUUUUGGCUAAUAAUCUUCAUGUACAACAUUUGGAUGAUGAUGAACACAGCUUGGGUCAUAUAUUUUGUUGUAUACACAACCGAAUCCAAGGGGUUUUCACUUGGAGACGCAUCCAACUGUGUCGUCAGUUAUGGAAUUGGGAGAAUACUUAGCACGUGGAUAGAAUUGAUUAAGGGUCUUGCUGUGAUGUUACCAACUCUACAAGAACAAUUCAACGCUUCGACUUGGUUAGUUGGCUGGAUGAUUGCUAUUAUAGACGCCAGUAUGCAGAUUUCAGCUUUAUUUGCCUCUCCACUACGAGAGAAACUAGGAGUGCGAGUUGUUGUCAUGGUGAGUGGGUUACUCGUCGGUGGUUCGCUGAUAGCUUCGGCUUUUGCUACCAGUUUGUCUCAGAUAACGGUUCUUCUCACUCUAGCUGCCGGUCCUGCGGUUGGUUGCUCACUUGUUGUUAGUAAAGAGUUGGUUGGACGCUGCUUUAAUGAAGCAAGCACAACAGCUUUUGGCGUGGGAAUACUUGGUGGUUCCCUUGCCUUCGUCACCUGCGUACCCUUAACGCAAUUCUUCUUGGAUAUCUACGGUUGGAGGGGAACCCUGCUGCUAUUUGGUGCGAUUUUGUCUCAUCAUGCUGUUUGUGGAGCUUUGAUGAAAGAACCCGCUGCGUGCAACUUCUCACCUUGCUCUAGUCUGGCUGCGAAGACGCCGUCCAGUCAGCCUUUGAUGGAGAUGUCCACUGUCUCACUGUGGUGGCUCUACUCGCUCAAGUCUGGCCACGAAGACGUCGUCCAUCCAGACUCUGAUGGGAGGUGUCCACUGUCUCACGGUGAUGGAUCUACUCGCUCUAGUCUGGCUGCGAAGACGCCGUCCAUCCAGCCUCUGAUGGAGAUGUCCACUGUCUCACGUCUGGCUGCGAAGACGCCGUCCAUCCAGCCUCUGAUGGGAGGUGCCCAGCUAACAUACGUUGAGCCAACGUCGGUGGACGUCGGCAAAGUCGGCAUCAAAAAACAGACGUUAAAUGUCAGUGUUUAA